ACCUCUGGGCAGAGAAAGAAAGCUCUGUAUGCACAGCCCAGCAAAGAGCAGCACACAGCUGAAAGAAACACUCAGAAGACAGAGCUGAAAAAGAAAACUGGUGAUGGAUCUCAUUCCAAACUUUGCCAUGGAAACAUGGGUUCUCGUGGCUACCAGCUUGGUACUCCUCUAUAUUUAUGGGACUCAUUCACAUAAACUUUUUAAGAAGCUGGGAAUUCCUGGGCCAACCCCUCUGCCUUUUCUGGGAACUAUUUUGUUCUACCUUAGGGGUCUUUGGAAAUUUGACAGAGAAUGUAAUGAAAAAUAUGGAGAAAUGUGGGGGCUGUAUGAGGGACAGCAGCCCAUGCUGGUCAUCAUGGAUCCCGACAUGAUCAAGACAGUGCUAGUGAAAGAAUGUUACUCUGUCUUCACCAACCGGAUGCCUUCAGGUCCAAUGGGAUUUAUGAAAAGUGCCCUAAGUUUUGCUGAAGAUGAAGAAUGGAAGAGAAUACGAACAUUGCUAUCUCCAGCUUUCACCAGUGUAAAAUUCAAGGAAAUGGUCCCCAUCAUUUCCCAGUGUGGAGAUAUGUUGGUGAGAAGCCUGAGGCAGGAAGCAGAGAACAGCAAGCCCACCAACUUGAAAGAUUUCUUUGGGGCCUACACCAUGGAUGUAAUCACUGGCACAUUGUUUGGAGUGAACUUGGAUUCCCUCAACAACCCACAAGAUCCCUUUCUGAAAAAUAUGAAGAAGCUUUUAAAAUUGGAUUUUUUGGAUCCCUUUUUACUCUCAAUAUCACUCUUCCCAUUUCUUACCCCAGUUUUUGAAGUCCUAAAUAUCGGUUUGUUUCCAAAAGAUGUUACCCAUUUUUUAAAAAAUUCCAUUGAAAGGAUGAAAGAAAGUCGCCUCAAAGAUAAACAAAAGCACCGAGUAGAUUUCUUUCAACAGAUGAUUGACUCCCAGAAUUCCAAAGAAACAAAGUCCCAUAAAGCUCUGUCUGAUCUGGAGCUUGUGGCCCAGUCAAUUAUCAUUAUUUUUGCUGCCUAUGACACAACUAGCACCACUCUCCCCUUCAUUAUGUAUGAACUGGCCACUCACCCUGAUGUCCAGCAGAAACUACAGGAGGAGAUUGACGCAGUUUUGCCCAAUAAGGCACCUGUCACCUACGAUGCCCUGGUACAGAUGGAGUACCUUGACAUAGUGGUGAAUGAAACUCUCAGAUUAUUCCCAGUUGUUAGUAGAGUUACAAGGGUCUGCAAAAAAGAUAUUGAAAUCAAUGGGGUGUUCAUUCCCAAAGGGUUAGCAGUGAUGGUUCCAAUCUACGCUCUUCACCAUGACCCAAAGUACUGGACAGAGCCUGAGAAGUUCUGCCCUGAAAGGUUCAGUAAGAAGAACAAGGACAACAUAGAUCCUUACAGAUACAUACCUUUUGGAGCUGGGCCCCGAAACUGCAUUGGCAUGAGGUUUGCUCUCACAAACAUAAAGCUAGCUGUCAUUAAAGCACUGCAGAACUUCUCCUUCGAACCUUGUGAAGAAACUCAGAUCCCACUGAAAUUAAACAAUCUACCAAUUCUUCAACCAGAAAAACCUAUUGUUUUAAAAGUGCACUUAAGAGAUGGGAUUACAAGUGGACCCUGACUUUCCCUAAGGACUUCCACUUUGUUCAAGAAAGCUGCAUCCGAGAACACCAGACCCUUCAAAUUGUUUUGUGAAUAAAACUCAGAAAUGAAGAUGAGCUUAA